UUUGUGCAGAUCGUGAUCAUAAUCGUCGUGAUGACUGUGAUGGUCGUGGUGGUCGUGUGCCUGCUCAACCACUACAAACUCACCACAUGGUCGUUCCUGAGCCGCGCUAGUCAGGCACAGAGUCAGGAUCUCUCUCUGCAGCCGGAAGGUUCUCUGUGGCCAUCAGAUAAUGGGCUGAGACAAGGAGCAUCUGAGGUGGUAUAUGCUCCUCAGCCAAGGGACCGCUUCACCGCACCCACUUUCAUGCAGCACAACCGCUUCAGACGUUUCCAGCCUACAUAUCCGUACCUGCAGCAUGAGAUCGAUCUGCCGCCCACCAUCUCGCUGUCGGACGGAGAGGAGCCACCACCGUACCAGGGUCCCUGCACACUGCAGCUAAGAGACCCCGAACAGCAGCUCGAGCUCAACCGAGAGUCGGUACGCGCCCCGCCUAACCGGACCAUCUUCGACAGCGACCUCAUUGACAUGCACAGUUCAGGGGGUGGAGGUGGGCCGCGGCCUCCCAGUAGCAACUCUGGGAUCAGCGCGGCCAGCUCCAGUACCCAUGGACGCAUGGAGGGCCCUCCGCCCGCAUACAGUCAAGUAAUUGGGCAGCAGUCGGGCAUCGUACUUUACCUCCACCAGCACAGCAAUAACCCGCCCAUCCCCGUCACUGUGCAGACUCCGCCCAGGGGCCGGACAGAUUUAAACAGCCCAGAGAGCACAAUAGCUCUGAGCAAAGGCCAACAAAGGGAGGAGCUAGUGUGAGGGGGUGGGGCUAGCACACGUUUGGGCAAUUGCGAUCACUCUCCACCCAUAAAGGGAAUGGGUUCUCCCUCUUGACACUCCCGUGCACAACAGCGCUUAAUGUUUUCGUGACGAAAGUGAAACCAUGUGUUUGUUUUUUUUUAAAUAACAAUAUGGAGCUGAGCUUACGAAAGAAAACAUUGCAUUUGUUUUCUCAAACCAGCUGCGCUAAAACUGGGGUUUAUGCACUGCCCGGAGUCUCCCACCUUUAUUGCUCUGUAUUACUUCUGUAUAGCCGACAAAUUUAGAGAAAUUUAUUCGCGCACAAGACAGGCUUUUUGUUGUUGUUGUUGUUCUUGUUGGUUUUAUUGUUGUGUUCCUCUUGAAUGCCCCCCCUCCACACGUGAUAUACUAGCUGUGUGGAUAGAAUUUUUUUUUUCUUUUUUUUUUUUUUUAAUUCAAAGACCGAGAUCUGUGCAGCAUGAACAAAACAAAUGCAUAAAAGGGUGGUGAAAAUCCAAAUCCUAGUGCCAAGGUUUAUGAGGAAGGUGUCAUAGGGGCGUUGACUGUCUUAAAGACUUGUUAUACAUUUAAAUCAAAACCCUUUUCUGAACU